AUGGACGUCACCGCCGAGUCCUUCCCCAACGACAUACUCGGCCUGCUCAUCCACAUCUCCGAGGCCGAGUUCGUGUCCUUUGACCUGGAGCUCUCUGGCAUCCCCAGCCGCCUGCCCAACAGGAAGCCCCGCGGCGCCGGACGACUGACCCUCGAAGACCGCUAUGCUGAGACCAAGGAGGGCGCCGACCGCUACCAGAUCCUGCAGGUCGGCCUGACGUGCGUCAAAUUCGACUACAUGGCCAACAAGUACGUGCUGCGGCCCUACAAUAUCGACAUCAGCCCGCUGCUGCACGAGCGCCUCGACUUUGAGCGCGAAGUCACCUUCCAGAGCGGCGCAUGCUCGUUCCUGCUGGGCUGUGGCUUCGACCUCGGCGCCCCCUUUGCGCGCGGCGUCCCGUACCUCUCACGUGACGAGGCCGAGAGGGCGAAGAAGCUCGCAUACGACCGCAUCGACAAGAAGAACGUCAUCGAGGACCUGCAGCUCAAGGACACCGACACCGAAUCGCUCGACUUUGUGCGCCGCUGCAGGGACGCCAUAUCCGCCUGGCAGAAAUCCGCCUCCACAGCCCUCGACAUUACAACCUCUACUGGCCUCCCCAAUGCGACUGCGUCCAACACCAAUGCGACUGCGUCCAACACCAAUGCGACCGCGUCCAACACCAAUGCGACCGCGUCCAACACCAAUGCGACUGCGUCCAACACCAAUGCGACCGCGUCCUACACCAAUGCGACCGCGUCCAACACCAAUGCGACCGCGUCCAACACCAUCUCGCGCUUCGAAAAGCGCCUCGUCCACCAACUCGUGCGCGCCGAAUUCCCCGACGCCGUGGCCGUGGGAAGAAACGACUGCAUCCGCAUCCUGCCCUUUGACGCCGCCCGCGAGGCAGACAACGUGCGCCGCAUCAAGACGCGCGUCAAGGAGCAGAUUGCGCGCCAGACCGGCUUCCGGUGGAUCUUCGAAGCGCUGGUCGGCGGCGACGUCAACGCCGACCUGCUGCACAUCCUGCGCAGCAACGGGCCCUCCGACCACAGAGACCGAUUCGACCGUGCCUUGGCGCGGCUGAAGAAGAACCGCCCCGUUCUCGUGGGGCACAACAUGUUCACCGACAUUGUCUAUCUGUACCGUACCUUUGUUGGGCCGCUGCCGGACACGCUGGAUGCCUUUAAUGGGCGGCUGCAUGAGCUGGCUCCGAGGAUCGUGGACACAAAGUACCUGGCCACGCAUGACGAAGGCGACUUGAACGCGAGCCCGACGCUCGAGGAGAUUGCGCGGGGGCUGCAGAAGCAGCAACUACCCACCACGGUCACGCACGAGGACCACGGCAAGUACAACGAGCUGGAAGCGUUUCACGAGGCGGGCUACGACAGCCUGCUCACCGCGACCAUCAUGCUGCGCUUGGCGGCGAAGCUGGGCGCAGAGCGCAGCGAGCCCACAGAGUCAAUAGAGGACACUACAGUCCGACCAGCGAAGCCAGCGCUCGGCGGAGAAGCCUCCGAAGGCGGCAUCUCGCUCGCCCAAGGCCCUUUAGCAUCAAACUUUCCCGCCGGCCGCGACAGAGUACAAACUCCCAUCGCCGUGGCCCCCGGCUCCACACUGACCGCGCGCAAGAACCGCCGGGCUAAGCGCAAGAACAACGCGAAAACGGAAGAGCAGACACGCCAUCGUUUCGCGACCAAGACCGUGUUUGAGAAACUGAGAGAGUUGAGCGUCGCCGAUGCCGCCGCGUCUGGGUCGGAGGAGGAGGAGGGAGAGGGGGAGGAGUUGGACCACGACACACUACACGCAAACGGCAACAGACGAGGGCAAGGCCAGGGGCAAGGUGAAGACGACGACGGCACACGACCCACAGGGACCUGGGCGGACGAAGAGUACGUGCAGGACGAGACGGGGUGGGUUCCCAUCCAGACACGGGCGCGGGCGGAGAUGGAGUUUAUUCCACACUUCUCGUCCUCUUUCUGGCACGGCUUUGGGAACAGACUCCGCGUCUUCGGCACCGAGGAGAGGGAGCUCAGCAUCGCGCCCUGGCCCGCACAGCACGCGUAG